AUGAAUAAGUGGUCGACAUCAUUACCAUCGAUUAUCUCACUAUGUAAUAACGUACAAUUAACAUUUGAUCCGAUGUUUAUGCAACAAGCAUCAACAUCUCCAUGUCGAAAUCAAAAUGGGAAUGCAGGUAAUACCCACACUGAUCUAUCGAUACUUAUCCAAACUCAACCACCGUUUUUGAAUUAUAAUCAAUAUGCGAAUAAUUACGAAGGAACGACGAAACAAGAUAGUUCAUAUUACGAGACGGCAAUUGAACAUGAAACAACAAUUCAGACCAAUAUAACAGCUCAUGAGCAAUUCGUUCCGGAUAAUGAAUUACUUCAAUCGUUAGUUGCUUAUGCCGACAGUUUUGAUUUAGAUAACACAGUGUAUUCGGUACAGAAUUCAAAAACUCAACCGAUGACAACGUCAACGUCAAUAUCGACGAUGCAAACUAUUCCAUCGCGACGACGAACGCAAUCAUCGACAACGCAUUUAACAUCAAUGAUGGAAAAUAAUCCAUUAGCACGACAUCGUAGUUGCGAUGACUUAUCAAUUACUUGUUCAAUUACGACCAGUAGUAAACCGACGACUGUUAUACGUCGAAACGAACAACAGGAAAAAAACAAUUAUACAAAAUUCGUCCCAUCAGAAUCGCAUCCUCAAUUCUAUUUCGCUACACCUAACGCUAACCAUAACAGCAACAAGAAUAAUAGUAAUAAUGUUUACGAGAAAAGUUAUGAAGACAAACUAAUUGAAGAAGCAACAUCAACAACGGGCGGUUCGAAAAUCGAAUGGGGAUUUUCCUCGGAUACAAUGAACGAAUUGAAUAAACCAGCAACUGAUGUUUUUACCAGUUAUGAAGCCACAACUAACAUUGGCGAUAUCAAUUUUAAUUAUUUAAAAGAUCUUGAACAUGUUUCAAGUCUGGCAGCUUCGAUGGAGUUUACUCCAGAAAUGUCCACUUCCUUUCCACCUCCACCUGUCAUUAUUCGACGAAAAAGUAAAGAUGUUCUAUUGAAACAAAAAGUUGAUAUACAAUUACUUCGUCCACCAACUCCACCAGCACCAGCUCCAAUUAUUAUUCGAGAAGUUCGACAUAAAUCAUCAUCGGUAUCAAAUAAAUCAAUGAAAAUCCGUCAAAAACUAGAAGAUACAGGUCAAAUCCACUUGUCCAAAACCCCAUCACCAAUCGUUCUUCGCGAACGACCACCAGCUCCUCCAAAACAUGACUAUUCCUCUAAACCAACUAUCGUUUAUCAUCAUCUUCCGACGCCCUCUCCUUCACCUCCAACUGUUAUUGUUGAGCGUCUCCGAUCCAAGGCUUCAACUGUUAUUCAAAAACCGCCCCCUAUCCUUGUAGAAAAAUGGUUACCGUACCCUCCAGAACAAAAACGUAAAAUAAUCUACGAACGUGCAUCACCUAUUCCAACACGACACAAACGUCGUGCCCAUGAACCCGCGAAAAAAAUCAUUGUCGAAUAUGAUGAUGUCAAUGUCAUUCUUGAUCGAGAUAUCAAACAACGCAAAGAAAUUAAACGAAUCAGUCCCAAUGAAUAUGUGAAACAAUAUGGAGAUACAUUGUAUUCUAAUGAAGCACUCAAUCAAAUUUUAAGUAGUAGUGGUAGUAAUUGUGGAGCUCAAGUCAAACGUGAAUAUCCAAUGUUUUCGCAUUACAAUCAUUAUGAAAAUUAUUCUCCGAUCUUUCAUUGA